CAUGCCGAGCAUGUGGGUGUUUGGUUAUGGUUCCUUAAUAUGGAAAGCAGACUUUCCGUAUGAGAAAAAGCUCGUCGGUUACAUUAAAGGAUACAUCAGGCGUUUCUAUCAAAAGAGUACCGAUCACAGAGGCGUGCCUAAUAGGCCUGGACGUGUGGUGACGUUACUCGCCUCUACUAAUCCUGACGACCAAGUGUGGGGACUCGCAUACAAAAUAUCUUCCCAGAAUAUAGAAAACGUAGUGAAUCAUUUGGAUUUCCGAGAGAAAGGUGGUUACAUUAAAAAAACCGUCCUCUUCUAUCCCUGUGAUUUUUCCAAGUCUAUCCAAAGUGGUUCGAAUGCCAAUAUGUCUCUGAAUGAUCUCUCAAGGAUGAAUUUUUCAACGGUAUCGCUUUCGACCGCAUCGGAUGAAACUCCGUUCUACCUCACUAUUUAUAUAGGUGAAGAAGAUAAUCCAAAUUUUGCUGGUAUGGAGAACGUAGAUACCAUUGCGAGACACAUAAUUGUUUCACGUGGCAUCAGUGGAUCUAAUGUAGAAUAUCUCUAUAAACUGGCAUCCGCGAUGCGCACGAUAGCUCCUGGUGUGCAAGAUGAACAUUUGUUUGCUUUAGAAAAAGCUGUAAAGGAAUUGGAGCAACGGGAAGAAGAAUCACUGGAAUUGGAUCAAUUUUCAUAA